AUGAAUGAUAUAAAACCGACUUCACCGCUAGUUGCAGUUAGUAAUUAUACCAUCAAUUCUACAAUCUAUAUAUCACUCUUGCCCGAUAGUAAUAUUUAUGCUAUCAUUACUGGUUUAACUCUCUUAACCAAUGUUAGCAUGUUAUGUCUCGUCAUUAAAGAACGAAAACUACAUACCAUGUCGAAUUGGAUAUUAGCAAGUAUGUUUUGUGCAGGCAUUGCUUUUGCAAUUGCUUAUUUAUUACCUCGUUGGGUAAUAUUCUUCAAGUGGAACCUGUAUCAUUCCUUUGCGUGCUUAAUUUUACCCAUGACUGGCUCAGGGUUAAUCAUUAAUUUCAAUUUGCACUUGGCGUUAGUAAGUUUAGAUCGCUAUUUCUGUUUUACUUCGCCCUUUACGUAUCAAAGACCACAAUCACGUGUUAUAGCCAAGUUAGCCAUAGCUUCUGUCUGGGUUUUAAGUUCUUUCACAGCUUACAUACCACUCUUUACUUUCCUUAUUCCAUCACCAGGAAAAUGUGCAGCCCAACAACGUAGUGAAAUCUAUUAUAAUUAUUUAUGUACAGUCUUUGUCAUCCUCUUUUUCUUGCCUUUAGCUGUUUUAAUCGUUACUUAUUCAAGAAUAUUAUGGAUUGUUAAUAAUCAUACCCAAAGACGCCAAGAAGGCAUCGUACGCUCAAAUUCAGUGACGAUUUCCGCAUUUCACCGUAAUCUUCGAGCGAUCAAAUAUAUGAUAGCUUUAAUCGGUUUAUUUAUUCUCUUUUGGUUACCUUACAUCAUCCUCUUCCUAGUUUACUAUGCAACAUCCAUUGCCAGUGUUCACACAUUAAUACUUAUUCGCAAUUUUCAAUACUUGGCCUUUUCCUAUCCAGCUGUCAACCCAAUCUUGUAUGUUUAUUUCACACCAUGUAUGCGCCAUGUUAUGAAAAAAAAGUUAUCUAGGUCAAUUCAAUCUAUAGCUCAAAUAUUAUCCAACAUAGCAUAA